AUGCCCAAAGUCUAUUUUGAUAUUUCAUACACACCGCCCUCAGGUCCACAGGAGAAUUGGGGCAGGAUUGUGUUCGAUCUCUAUGAUAAUGUCGUUUCCGUCACCGCCAGGAACUUCCGCACCGGCGAGCAUGGAUACGGCUACAAAGGAUCCAAAUUCCACCGUGUGAUCGCCGGCUUCAUGGCUCAAGGUGGUGACUUUACCCGAGGAAAUGGUACUGGUGGAAAGUCCAUCUAUGGCGAGAAGUUCAAUGACGAGAACUUCGUAAAAAAGCAUGACAAGCCAUACCUCCUCUCUAUGGCCAAUGCAGGAAAAAAUACGAACGGAUCCCAAUUUUUCAUCACCUUUGAGGAAACACCUCAUCUCGACGGCAUGCAUGUUGUUUUUGGUGAAGUUGUGUCAGGGGUAGAAUGCAUUAAAAAGAUGGAGGAGAAGUCUCUUGACGACGAUGUUGCACCAUGUUUUGCUCGGGGAUUACUCCUUAGUGCUCAGCGUCAGAAAGAGAAAGAAGCUAAGGCCAACCUAAAGACUAUCUUCAAGGGAGAGUCUAGCAACGCCGGAAAUGGCGGGAACAAAAUCAAGAAGACCAAGGCUAAAUCUAAGGCUACUGCUGCUAAGGGGGCUAAAGGGCCUAAGAACGCGGGCCCUGCUAACUUAAAGGAUUGA